AUGGGUCAUAAUAAAAAGAAGAAUAAAAACCGCAACAAAAAGAAAAACCGACGCAGCAACGACAAUCCUCAAGAAGAUAAAUCAGAUCAUGUAGAGCAUGAGGCAAAUGAAACAGAAGUUGUCUUGGAUAAUGUUUUUAAAAGCGGUUCUACGAAAAGGCAGCAUGAAGACAACGAUAAUGACUCUGAAAAUGAAGAAUUGCCGAGAAAAAAGAAAAAGAAGAAGCAACAAGUGGAAACUGCUACAACCGAUAAAAAAGGCAAAAAAUCUAUACGACAAAUGAAAAGAGAGAAGUUUGCUGAACGUCAAGCUGAGGCUCAAGCUAUUGCGAAGGACCAACUUAAAAGUCAAUGCCUUAAUUAUCUAUCUCAGUGGAAACACGACAAAGCAAACUGGAAGUUUAUGAAAGCCAAACAAGUUUGGUUGUAUAAAAACAAGUUCUCAGCAACUUUGUUACCUGAUUCAUCAUGGCCCCUCCUUUUAGAAUACUUCGAAUCUGCUCAAGGAAACAUACGAAAGAUGCUAUUAGAAGAUGCCAGUAAAAUAAUUAAACAAAUGGAUGAGUGGACAGAGUCCCAAAGUGAUCCGCUAACUGCCGAAACUGUUAAUGAAGAGGAUAAUAAUUAUAAUGAUAACAGUGAUGAAGCUCCUAAAAGUAAAAAACCUGACGAAAUUGUUUACAAAAGAGCUAGAGAUUUAAUACAAUGCUUAGAAGAAUAA